AGCCCAGGCUUGGCUGUGAGUGUGCAGGUGCUGUGGGGGGUCCUCUCAGUGAUGUUGUGUUUCCCUCUGAGGCAGGAGCAAACCCAAGCCCCUUAGUCAGGUGACUGUGAAGAGCGGCCACCAUGUUCUUCUCUCAAGGUGGUUGUGCUUCAGGUACGAAAUAUUUCAGUGAUGGGUGAAGUCCAUUUUCUUCUACCCAGUUCUCUUUCCUUUUUUCUUUCCCCCUUGGGAGAGUAUCCUCAACCUUGGAGCAGAAGAUCAAAAGCAAAGCCCAACAAACAUAUGUUCUAUCACUACAAUUUGUUGCAGCCAAAGCAUUGUUCAAUCCAAAUUACCGGGCUGCCUAACUUGAAACCACUCAACCAUCAUUCACAUGCUGGUCUGUUUUCACAUGUCUUGGAGUUGAAGUUCACUUGCAGUUUACUCUCAAGAGAAUCUGGAGGCGUGUUUGUUCCUUCUUGAUAAACUUUCAGCACAUCAACGGUCAGGGAUCAUGGAUGCUUAUCAUGGAUAGUGCUGAUCAUGGAUACAGGACUAUCAUUAUUUUGCUGUUCAAGUUCCAGCUUUAGCUGUGGGAGCUCAUUCAGCCUUUCAGUGUUAUGAUGUACCCAGCUGGUCCUGGAUCUGGUGACUCCCCAGAGGGCUUCCCCGAGCAACCGAGGCUCCAGCCACAAAUCGGAAAUCACACAGCUCAGACACUAGAUGCUUUCUUCACAUGUCGAAAAAAUGCCCUCCUGGCGAAGAGCUCGUCCACCCAGGUAGAGGGCGACUUUGCCAUGGCCCCUCGGGGCCCCGACCAGGAGGAGUGUGAGGGCCUGCUACAGCAGUGGCGAGAAGAAGGGUCGAGCCAGGCGCUCUCAACUUCGAGUGAGGGUCCCCUUGUAGAUAAGGGACUAGCCCAGAGCAGCCUGGCGCUCCUGAUGGAUAAUCCCGGAGAACAGGAUGCUGCUUCAGAGGACAAGUGGUCCAGCAGGCAGCUGAGUGACCUGCGGGCAGCAGAGAACCUGGAGGAGCCUUUCCCCGAGGUGCUAGGAGAGGAGCCACUGCCAGAGGUCGAGGGCCCAAUGUGGGCAGCUGUCCCCACGCAGACUGGCCCCCAGUAUGCAGACUGUGCUGUCCUCCCAAUGGGUGCCCUGGCUGCAGAGCAGUGGGAAGAGGACCCCGCAGUGGUGGCCUGGAGCAUAGCACCCGAGCCUAUGCCCCAGGAAGAGGCUCCCAUCUGGCCUUUUGAUGGCCUGGGGCAGUUGCAGCCUCCCCCAAUGGAAAUCCCAUAUCAUGAAAUCUUGUGGAGAGAAUGGGAGGAUUUCUCCGCUCAGCCAGAUGCUCAGGGCCUGGAGGCGGGGGAUGGCCCUCAGUUCCAGUUCACUCUGAUGUCCUAUAACAUCCUGGCCCAGGACCUGAUGCAGCAGAGCUCAGAGCUCUACCUGCAUUGCCAUCCGGAUAUCCUCAAUUGGAACUAUCGCUUUGCGAAUCUCCUGCAGGAAUUCCAGCACUGGGACCCCGAUAUCCUGUGUCUCCAGGAAGUCCAGGAAGAUCAUUACUGGGAGCAGCUGGAGCCUUCUCUGCGAAUGAUGGGUUUUACCUGUUUCUACAAGAGGAGGACCGGGUGUAAGACAGAUGGCUGUGCUGUCUGCUACAAGCCCACGAGAUUCCGUCUGCUCUGUGCCAGCCCUGUGGAGUACUUCCGGCCUGGCUUGGAGCUCCUCAAUCGGGACAACGUGGGCUUAGUGUUGCUGCUGCAGCCACUAGUCCCAGAAGGCCUGGGGCAAGUGUCGGUGGCCCCCCUCUGUGUGGCAAAUACUCAUGUCCUGUACAACCCACGCCGGGGUGAUGUCAAGCUGGCCCAGAUGGCCAUUCUCUUGGCCGAAGUGGACAAAGUAGCCAGGUUGUCUGAUGGCAGCCAUUGCCCCAUCAUCUUGUGUGGGGACCUGAAUUCUGUUCCUAAUUCACCUCUCUACAACUUCAUCAGGGAUGGAGAGCUCCAGUACCAUGGGAUGCCAGCCUGGAAGGUGUCUGGACAGGAAGACUUCUCCCAUCAGCUUUACCAGAGGAAGCUGCAGGCCCCACUCUGGCCCAGCUCCCUGGGCAUCACUGACUGCUGUCAGUACUUCACCUCCUGUCACCCCAAGAGAGCAGAGAGACUAAAGUAUAGCCGAGACUUCCUGCUGCGAUUCCGUUUCUGUGACAUCGCCUGUCAGCGACCAGUAGGACUGGUUCUUAUGGAAGGAGUGACAGAUACUAAGCCAGAGCGGCCUGCUGGCUGGGCCCAGUCUGUCCUUGAGGAAGACACUUUGGAGCCUGAGCCUGUCUUCCCCAGGACUGUAGGCACCAUCCAGCACUGCCUUCACCUGACCUCAGUAUAUACUCAUUUCCUGCCCCAGCAUGGCCACCCAGAGGUCACCACAAUGCCCUUGGGUCUUGGAAUGACAGUGGAUUACAUCUUCUUCUCAGCUGAGUCCUGCGAGAAUGGGAACAGAACUGAUCGCAGGCUGUAUCAAGAUGGGACUCUCAAGCUUCUGGGCCGUCUCUCCCUCCUCUCUGAAGAGAUUCUCUGGGCUGCCAAUGGCUUACCCAACCCCUUCUGCUCUUCAGACCACCUCUGCCUGCUGGCCAGCUUUGGGAUGGAAGUCACCGCCCCAUGAUGGGGCUCCCAGAGGAAGAGAGCUUCUCUUCCAGAAGAGCUCACUGGAUCAGAGACUGUGGAAAUACCCCAUGCUUCUGGAAACUUAGAUCCAAGAAACUUACGUCCCCUCUUCUCCUCUCCCCUUCCCCGUUUCCCUUUUCCCAUGGUUAGAUUUUCUCCAGGCCUGUCCAUGUUCUCUGCCUGUGGUCCCUGCCCCGCCCCAACCUCUUCCUAAUCCUGUGCCACAUACUCAGUGGCCCUGGGAGAGGCCGAAGCAGGGGGGGGGGGGGGUUCCCCUUUCCUUCCAUGUAUCCAGUGCUCCCCCUUAAUUUUUAAUUACCAGGGUUGUGGGAGCUAUUAAUCUCACUGGUUAUUUGCUUUCAGGCCGUUUCUUGAUGGUAUCUUCUAACCCAAUCUUCUUUCUGCUUUCAUGACCUCUGGGCCCAGCCGUCUUGCCAGAAACACACAUGUGAGGUGUGUAGCAUGCAUGUGUCCUCUUGGGGUGGGACUGCUCUGUACGGCCAUGCCUGCCUCUGACCAGCCCACUUUCCACACGGGCUGUCGCCCUCCUGACAGGUUGAGGGCAUGACCUGGUAGCUGUGUGCUGCCACGCAGCAGCAGGGGCAUGGGCCCUUCUCCCCUUUUAUCCCCUGUGUCUCAUGAGGCGUUCAUCAUGCCACCCAGGGCAUAUACUCAUCUGGCUGCUGGGAAUGAAUGGGCCUCAUAGCCUGGAACAGCAGAUUCCGGGCUGCACUGCCUGCCGCAGCAGCCUCUGAGCCUGCGACCCAGAGCUCCCACAGCCCUGGCAUGCUUUCUCUAGGGCUCGUCCCUUUCCCCAGGCUGCUGUGAGAGAGGUGCCAGGGUGAGCCCCUGUGUGGGGUCAGUGGACUGGAAUAAGAGUUUGAGGUUUAAAGGACUAGAAAGAACCUUCAGGAAACUUCUUGUCUUACUGGACUCCCUGCAGAACUGGGGCAAGGGUGGGAGUCCUGGCAGUGGUAAGAGCAGGCAGGCUGUGUGGCCACUUCAGCUAGGACCCAAGACCUCAGGGACUUGUUCUCUUUCCUCUGCACACCUCCGAAGCUAUCUUCUGUUCCUUUCCUCCCACGACUUUUUACCUUGCUGCUUCCCCCAUUCCUGUCCAUUUUCUCCUAAAAAAGCCUGAUACUUAGGUGGGGGCCAAACCCUCUCUGCAGAAGGUGGCCUUGGGCAAGACCUGUCCAAGAACUCGAGGGGGCAGUGCUUUAGGAUUGGUUCUGGCCAGCAAGGCCUCAGCUGCUCAUUGCCAGUGCUUUUCUUCCUAGCACAGGGCUACCCUGGCCCGUUCAGGGGGCCCCUUGCCCACGUGUAUCACCUGCAUGCCUUAAUCUUUCAUAGCUGGGGUGCAGCCUGGGUGUUCCUGGGCCGGCAGCUCCUCAUACCUCCCUCAACUCAGAACAGCUGCUGGUCUUUGCAGAUUAGCCUUGCUGCUGCCCCGCUCAGCCUCCGGAAUGGGACUGAAGGGAGUGGCGGAGAGGCUAGAAUUAGGGACAGUUAGCAGGAGGCUCUCUCCCCCUUGUUUUGAAAGCCAAAGACCCCGCCUGAAUUCUGCUGCUGUGUUCAUGGUUAUAAGCUUUCCACGCCCAGGUACUGGGGAAUUUAUCUGUGCGUGUGUAUUUUGGAACAUUGUCUCCUGGGCACUAGGCGUGUGCCUGUCUGAGCCCCAGGCCCACCUGUCCACACCCUACCCAUCGUUCAUCGUGUUUCUCUCUCUCCGGGCACCUGCUGAGAUGGUCUCAAGUCAGUGCCCUAUUGGUUUUCAGGACUAGGGCCCAUCACUGUUCUCUUCUGCCAGGAAAUGCAGUUUAAAAUGGCUCAAGAUGGCAGAGGGCAGGAGUUUUAUAGAUGAUCAUUUCCUUGUUUUCUUAUUUGUUUCUGUUUUGGAAAUGAAAUGGGGGUUUUAAGUGGUAAUUUAAGCUCUCUUUUCCAAAUAAAGGUUUACCAUUCUCCCCCGCCCCGCUACUGUUGAUCAUUUUGUUAGGAUCCUGAAAGGCAUGGGGGAGAGAAGGCCUGGAGAGUGAGGUGGGCGAGAGGAAGAGACCGAUCCUGGGCUGGGCUCUCAGGUCCUAAAGCUUGACCUGAGAAAGGUAUAUUGGCCCUGUGAUAAUUGGCACAUAUCCCUGCUGCUCUGAGGCCUGCGAGGAACAGGGCCUGAAGAAGCCUCCUCGCUUGCCUUUUGUUGGGGUCCAGCUCUCUUCUCCCUCCUCACCAAGCUAGAGGACAGCUCCUUCAGCUGCUUUCAUUCCCAUUCCGUCGGCUGCCCCCAUACCUUCCCCAGGUCCACAUGCAUUUCAGGAGAGUCUGAAUGGAAUGUGGGGUGAGAAGCAUUUUCUUGGUCAAAGCCAUGGCAGCUGCGUGAGGCAUGAUGUACGCGUGGCAGUUGCCUCUUGCUCAGUGCCUAUUUCUGAUAAUCUCUUUUGCAUGCUGGAGUCAGAGCUGGACUGUGGGCCAUCUGUUGCUGGAAGGUUUCCCUUCUGGGCCUCAUUCUGCUGGUACUUUCGUCUUCCUCCAGUCUCCUUCUGCAGCAGGUCCAUGAAACCCACAUGCCCCUGGGAAGCCCUGAAACUAGGUGUGGCUUCCUGCCUUACCUGAGUAGAAUCCCAGACCCCAUACCUCUGAAUCUGAGAAUCUGAAUUACUUAAAGUUACCUGGUGCUUCUGUUGAACCACCUGGGUUGGGAUUCAGCCGAAAGAAAACAGCCAGAGAUAAGGAACACCGCUUGGUCAUGUUGGCCUGGUCAUUUGGUGACUGUGGGUAAGUUCAUUCUUUGUUGUUUUAUAUCUUGGUGAAAUAGGAAUUAAAGUAAAAAUCUUUUCCACCUGUGAGGAAUUUUCAGAUCUGAAAUUAUGUCGUUUGGGCUUUGGCAAGCAAGGGAUGCUAAGACUUGCAGAGUAUCAUUGGUAGGCAUUGAGGGUGGGUAGUUCUCCCCAGCCUGGCUGCAUGGUUUGCCCAUGGGUGAGGCAUUAUUUUGCAGCUCUAAGCUUUGAGGUGUGUCCCCAGAGACCCUUUCCUGGCCUGGAGGCUUUCCUGAGUCACGUGACAUUGGCACAGACUUUUGCUAAGUUGAAACAGUACUUCCACUAUCAGUUGACAACACUAGCUCGUGGCAGUGCAGGUGUUCAUAUAUUACCUCUAUUUACAUCUGAGGAAACACAAUUCCCAAAGAGGUAAAUUGAGAAUCUCCUUUGCUUUAUUCCUGGACACUCCACCCUCCUCAGAACAUAGCCUUUCCUGGAGUAGGAGAGACAGGUUCUCUUGUAAGGCAGACCCAUGGGGGGUGGGCCUGGGAGAAAGGAAGUGACCGACCAGCCUGCUGCUGGCUUUUGUCUUUCAACUUUGUUUUGUUUUUUUCCCUAGUUCCUGCCCUGGUGUAGCAACUAACCGGAGGGUUGUUGUUUAAUUGGUUAUGUAAUGCACAGCGUGGCCUCUCUUCUCCCAGGAGUUGGAGGGAGCCCCCUCUUCUAGUUUCCACCUGAGGAGAUGGAGGACCUGCGGCCCGACACUUCCAGCCUCAUCCUGGUGCGCCUCCCCGCUCCUGAGCAAAUGCACAAAGCAAAACUGUUCUAGGCAAGAUGAGAGCCUGAUAGGGUCAGCUCUCACCCCAGUUAGGAGAAUGAGAACGGAAUGUGUUUCCAAGGCGACUCUGCCUUCGGCCCCAUCCCUCCUCAAGUCCUUUGCUGCUGAGGCCUCACACGGCUGUGGAGAGAAGACUGGAGUCUCUACACUUAAAUUCUGGGAGGUUUCAUCUUUUCCACGACCAAGCCCUUUCUUGUUGGGGGUUGGAGGAAAUGCAUAUCCCCAGAGAGCCGUCCCUCCAGCUGACCUGAGGUGGCCCAUCUCCACCACCUGCCAAGCCUCAGCAGCCGGUCCCCUCACCCCCUUGGCAAACACUAAGGGUUACCAGGCAGUCCACAUCAGGACCAGUUGUUUUGGUCUUUGCUAUGACCACUUUUUCUUGUCACCACCGCCUUCCAGAGUGAUGGUCAAGAGGUCAGAUCCUGGCAGAUGGGGGUGACAGGGCUUUCAACCUCUUCAUGUUCAGGGCUCCAAGAAGUGCCACCUGCAUCCAAAAGUCCAACACAAAUUAGUCAUGUGGCUAAAUGAGGCUGGGACAUGCUGAGAGCCAGGAAGACACAGGGCAGCAGGAAAUGAGGUAACCCCUCUCCCCCAUAAGUUGGGUCCUGACCCUCCCGGAAGUCCACGAUGAUAUUUACCUCUCUGCCAAUUCUAAGCAGUGUCCACAAUGAGCCUGCUGAACUCAUGAUCCCAGCAGACUCUGGUCCCAGCACUGACCCAACCCUCACUUGUACACCAGCGAUCCAGGAGCCCCACUAUGAAUGAGCCCAUGUCACUGAAGUCUACCCACAGGCCCUUGACUGGGUAUUUUAGCUGGACUUGAAUGUGUACAUUAUAAUGUUGCCUUUGGGUAAAAGUGUACAAUCCAUAUUACUCACAGAUUCUGAUUACCUUUACUGAAAGGUCUUUUUUGGGUAUCAUUUAAAUUGGACUUAAAUGAGCCUGUAAGUAGCAAAACUGCCUCUCUCUGGAUGCUCUACAGUCUAAGACGUUUGUGGAUUCCGGCAGGCUGCCUCUCUUCCGA